AUGAUUGAGAAUUUUAGACAGGUUCUGUUAAUGAAAGUGCAUGAAAAGCACCUUCAGGAAAAAGAUUCUAAACUUUCUGAGAAGACGCGCUUGAUGACAUAAAUAUUGAUCAAACCUUCAAAGCGAAGGACUGACGAGGACCUUGAAUACCUUAUUCCUCUGAUUUAAAAGAUCUAAUUCUUCAAGGAAAGGGAUAUAAAGUAGGAAAACUACAAGUUAAUUGUGGAAUCUCUUACCUAUGAGUAUCACCAAGCAGGCGAACUAGUCUUCUCGCAGGGAGAGCAAGGCGAUAAGUUCUAUAUAAUUAUAGAGGGCCAGGUGAGUGUGAGGGUGAUGAACAAAGAAUACGAGAGAAGAGAGAAGGAAAUCUCACAGUUAAAGUAGAAAAUGCUUAAAUCCAGAAAAUCCUACAAUGAAUAUCUAGUCAAGUCUCAGGAAUAUGUUGUCAAUGGGCAAGAGGUGCCUGGAGAUCUAACCGAUAAAAUUGCACAUGCCAAUAAUGAUAUCAAGCAAAAAGCAUAGAUAAUUGAGGAUAUAGAAGAGGAGUUAUAAAAUAUCAAAGAGCACCAGGAAUUAAUGAAGUUAUAAUCUGGUCAGAGUUUUGGAGAGUUGGCUCUAAUAACCAACAAACCCAGAUAAGCAAAUAUCAUGUGUCUGAAUGAUUGCCACUUCGCAGUGAUGAAUAAAUAGGAUUAUGAAAGAGUUCUAUAGAAAAUGGAGAUGAAGGUUCAAGUUUUGAAGCAGGAAUUUCUCCAUGGGAUCUCAUUUCUCCGUAGAUGGACUCGGAAAAAUCUUUAGAAUCUUGGAUACUAUCUAACAUCAAAAGAGUAUCCGAGGAGUGCAGUGGUCUUUAGAGAGGGUGACCCAGUUGAACACAUAGCCAUUAUUAAGCAUGGUGAAUUCUAAAUAACCAAAAAGAUUCCCAGAAGUGUGACCACUGAGACUGAUAUUGAGGCUUUGCUGGACUCAAUCAAAAGACGAGACAAAAUCAAAACUAUAGAGUCUAAUUCACACCAUAAUAGCCAUCAUCAAAAUUAACUUGCUUCCUAAGGUACCUAAGGUGCCUAGGGAUCGAGCAUAUAAGCUUACAACUCAGCCUUGACAUAGAAGUAAGCAUAGGCUAAUCCAUAUGUGGUGCACUCUUUAAACAACAAAAAGUUGAAGGUAAACGAAGACAAGACACUGCAGAGCAUCAGUGUGACUUUGCUAGGGUCAGGCUAAUCGUUUGGGGAGAUAGAUUUAAUGUUCGAACGUAACUACAGUUACUCUCUACUGUGCAACUCUGUGCAGAACUAGAUAUACUUAAUAAAAGCUGAUGACUUCAUCCGGCUUUUGCAGCACGUGAAAGGCACCUGGUCUGAGCUGGAAUAGCAUUGCAUACUUAAGAAUGAUUAGUUGGUGGAGUUAAUUAUGAAUCAGUUUAUGAGCAAAUGGCAGAACAAGAAGAACAUGAAUGAAUUGAUGCUGCAGAGAGCCCAAAGUGCAGUCAAAAUAAAGAAGAAGUCUAAGCCAUAGAUCAAUCUAAGCACUACUGCUAACUCACCUGUCAAGAUCUCGCUUAAGCAUGAAAAUAUAGACUAAGGGUAAUCGACUUAGAGACAGCAUCAAACCUUUGAAACCUAAUCAAAUAUCAAUAAUAACAACAUGGGUAUUGGCACUACUGGAGGUGGUUUAAACAUUGAUUUGUCAAAAGUAAACAAAGGCAUCUCUUCCUUUUCGAAUCACUUCAUCUCAGGAUCCCCAGAUAUCUAAAAGUCGAUAUUUGUAUCGUAAAGGGAAACCGGCAGAACCAUAUCACCCAAUAACAAGUAUUUAGCUGACAGACAAGACAUAAUCAUUAAGAAUGGCAAGAGGUCAGUCUCUCGUGAUGUUAGAGUGUCCCAGGAGCAUGUCUCAGUCCCAAUAAACACUCUUCCCUCGAAGAUCUAAAAAUAUCGAAGUCUUAGUAAACUUACCUAGCCUGACUCGACUUAUUAAAAUAUGCAUUAAAGCAACAUUCAUUAAAACAGCAGUAAUAUGAACAACACCAACAAUCUAAGCUAAUUUUAGAAUAUCAGUAUUAAUAAUGCCAACAACAAGAAUAACUCCUCGAAUGCUUACGAUGAUAGAGCACUCCUUGACUAGCUGUUUCAGUCUAGCUUGAUAUGUCGCACUAAACAGAGGUAGUCAUACACUAACUCUUCGAUGGACUAGUAUGAUUUGUAGCUCUAAGCUAAUUUACCUGUAUUCAAUGACACUAUGAAUAAUCAAAUUGAACAGCAAUAGAAUAAUAUUCAGUCGUUUAAUUAACAGCAGUCCAAGUCAUUCAGUGUCAACAACUAAAAACUAUCAUUCCAAUCGCAUUAAAUGAUUACUAACUCUAAUAGACCUAAGAUACUUACAUCUCAGUCAUUCUAUUAGAAAAAGAACAGACUCAGCAAGAUUAUUGAUAUAAAGAGCAUCUCUAACUAGAAAAAAAAGAUAAGCUAAAUUAGCAGUAACAGCGCUCUAAUUGGAGCAAUUCAAAACGGAAUGCCAAGUAACAGAUCAUAAGAUAAACUCAAUAGCAAAAGUGGGAUUAGAAACUUUGGCAAAGAAUACAUUGAAUCCAUCCAUAGCAUGUAUCAUAAGAAAAGAUACAUGAAAGUAGCUGCCACAAUCAGAGGUACACCUAAUCUAACUGCCAAUGCCUAUCAAGAUUUCCAAAAUCAGUCUAAACUCAAGGAGGCAUCAAGUGCCAGAAGCGGGGACUAGUAAGGAAUCAAUAAUGAAAAUAUACAGCAAUUCCUUCAGAUGCAAAAUAAGAGAUAGUAUUUUUCAUCAUAUUACUCUGGAUUCAAUUCAAAUCGUAACAAUAAUCUUUGA